CCUCAGAGCAUGAAGCUUGAUAUACUUGUGCUGGCACUUCUGGCUUCAGAAGCAUCUGCUGUCUGUAUCUUUGGUUUUGGAUGUGAUCAAUCAAGCUCUUCUGCCGUCAACGGAUAUCAGCUCGCCGUCGAUACUGGUAGUGCAUCACCGUCCCAAACACAAGGAAGCGGUAGCAACAACAACAACAGCAAUACCAGCAACAGCGGAUCCUCUACAACCUCAUUUAUAACGACCGCCACUAGCACUUCCACCAGUGUUACUGCUGAUGGUGGAACCAACGGAAUUUCCGCCUUUCCUGCUACCACUUGGAAUGGACCCCACUUGAGGUCCACUGCCACCAAUACCUAUAACUCCAACCCUACCAAUGCCAACAAUGGUGGCAACAGUGGCUACGGCAACAGUGGCUACGGCAGCAACAAUAAUAACAGCAACAGUGGAACCAAGGUCAAUGCUGGUGCUGUCGCUGGAGGCGUCAUCGGUGCACUAAUUGUCAUUGGUGCCGCCGCUGGACUGAUCUUCUUCCUUUAUCGACGCUCUCGUCAACGACGUGAAAACGCAAAUUAUGGAACCAAAUUGUCAGAAAACGAUUUUACAGCCGGUGCUGCAGCCGGACCUACCCUACCAUCAGCAGCCUAUAACGAACCUUCUCGCUAUGAUAACGGACGACGCUUUGUCCAACAAAAGAAUCCUCAUCCACCGCCGAUUGGAUUCAAUAACAUCACACCCACACAAAAAUCACCUCCAUAUCAAGCUGAAUACGGUCAAAUGAUCGAAAAACCAUCUGAGGAUACUCCUGGCGGUGCAUGGAAGCCCGACGUAGCAGAGAGCAAGCCCAAUGUAUAAACCAAUGCUGACUCUCCGCUGCAUAGAGUCCACUCUUUUAUAUCCAUACUGUCACUUACUCUACCUCAUACUCGCAUGCCAUCCAUACCCUAUUCUGAUCUUAGGAUGCCAAAACCAUCUUGCUUUUAUAUUACCGCUUCCUAAAGCCUACUAUCUAUUUCGUGUUUUCAAAUAUCUGAAAAUCCUGAAAAUAAAAUUCAUCCU